ACCCCUUCCCCCUCAGAUCCCGGGGUGCGGUGCCUGCCCUUUCGCCAUCGCGCAAGGGCUCCCGCACUCCAGGCCCGGAGUUCCCGUCCGGGUGUCCAGGCUUGCUGGUCCAGCACGCCUGGCAAGCAUGAAGCUCCUGUCCCUGGUGGCCGUGGUCGGGUGUCUCCUGGCGCCCCCAGCUCAAGCCAACAAGAGUUCUGAGGAUAUCCGGUGCAAGUGUAUCUGCCCACCUUACAGAAACAUCAGUGGGCACAUUUACAACCAGAAUGUGACUCAGAAGGACUGCAACUGCCUGCACGUGGUGGAGCCCAUGCCGGUGCCCGGCCACGACGUGGAGGCCUACUGCCUGCUGUGCGAGUGCAGGUACGAGGAGCGCAGCACCACCACCAUCAAGGUCAUCAUUGUCAUCUAUCUGUCCGUGGUGGGCGCCCUCUUGCUCUACAUGGCCUUCCUGAUGCUGGUGGACCCUCUCAUUCGAAAGCCGGACGCCUACACCGAGCAGCUACACAAUGAGGAGGAAAAUGAGGACGCGCGCUCCGGGGCAGCGAUGGCCGCGUCCCUCGGCGGCCCCCGCGCCAACACCAUGCUGGAGCGCGUGGAGGGCGCGCAGCAGCGCUGGAAGCUGCAGGUGCAGGAGCAGCGCAAGACGGUCUUCGACAGGCACAAGAUGCUCAGCUAGACGGGCCGGCGCAGUGGGGGCCGUGCCACCAGAGGCCGGACAGAGCCGCGGGGGGGGGGGGCUCCCCUUCCCCCAGUGCGUCUUCCUGUCCUCCCUUUGAAGGCCAGCGGCAUUUCUCCUGCGUCUGCCUCUCUCUAGGAAUGUCGUCCUCCACUGUGUGUUAAGGAGCGUGUGUGGUGGGGUCUCG